AUUUUCAGAAAAAAAAAAAAAAAAACUGCAACAUGGCCUACUGCUGCUGCUCCAACUUUUCCUCCACCCUUGCCCCUCUACGCCUGCGCCCUCCACCCCGCCGCAAAUCCAUCGCUGCCGCCAACCCUGCUUCUGUCUCACUCUCGGAUCCCUUCGUCCUCGACAUAGCGGACAAGCUCGAGGACUCCGUUUCCACCUCCUCGUCCUCAUCCUUUUCCCUCCUCCAAAAACUUCGUGACUCCUCCUCCCAAUCACUCCUUUCCCAACGAUGGCCCUCUCCCAAAGACGAACUCUAUCGCUUCACCGACACAUCCUUCCUCAAAUCCUCUCAAAUCCUUCCCGCUUCUCCCCCAUCUAUCAUCUCCCCCUCCUUAUCCUCCUCUGCUUCUAACAUAAUCACACUUGUUGAUGGCCACGUUGUACCUGCCCUUUCCAAAAUUCCCUCCCUCCCCGCCGGAGCAUUUGCCGGAAGUGCUGCUGAUAUUCCCCCGGGUGCACUAUACGAAAACCUCAUGGCCGCCGCUGGCGAACUAUUCCACAACGGAGACCUCUUCUGGAAUCUGAACGGGUUUGGGGCUCCCGAUUUAGCGGUGGUUUACAUUCCUGAUGGAGAGCGGAUGAUUGACGAGCCGUUGCAUUUGAGGUUUUGCGCUGUUGACGCGGCCGAGGCAGGUUCAGGGAGGUUGCCGUUGUCAAACCCUAGGGUUUUAGUGGUUGUGGGGAAACAGGCUGAGCUAGCGAUCGUCGAGGAGCAUCUCGGGGUGGAGAGUGGCGAGGGGAAUAGUUAUUGGUCGAAUUCAGUGGUGGAGAUUGUGGUGGAGGAGGGGGGCAAGGUUUCGCAUUCUUAUGUGCAAAAGCAGUCCGUAAAUGCGGCUCAUAUCAAGUGGACUCUUGUCCGUCAGGAAAAGCGCAGCAGCUAUGAGCUUGUUGAGAUCAGUACUGGGGGAAAGUUAAGUAGGCACAAUCUUCAUGUUCAGCAACUGGGCCCUGAUACCACAACUGAACUUUCAGCAUUUCACGUAGCUCAAGGCGAUCAAAUACAAGAUCUUCAUAGUAAGCUAGUCCUGGAUCACCCAAGAGGAUAUUCUCGUCAGCUUCAUAAGUGCAUAGUUUCUCACUCCACGGGGCAUGUUGUUUUUGAUGGAAACAUAAAGGUUAACAGAUUUGCACAACAAACUGAUGCAGGGCAGCUCACGAGAACUCUGCUCUUGGCGCCUCGUGCAACGGCCAAUGUAAAGCCCAAUUUACAGAUAAUUGCAGAUGAUGUAAAAUGCUCGCAUGGUGCCGCCAUUAGCGACCUUGAGGAAGAGCAGCUCUUCUAUUUCCAAGCAAGAGGAAUUGACAUGAAAACAGCAAGGGAUGCUCUUGUCUUCUCGUUUGGCUCUGAGAUAUUGGCGCGCAUUCCUUUCGAGUCUUACAGGAAGAGCAUAAGCAAUCAAGUUAAAGAAUUGUUGACAAGAAGUUAGCAAAGAGGUUAGUUCAUACCAAUUGACCUUGAUGGUUUUUACUAUUGUAACUUGUAAAAUUCUAUCCGUUCCUUUUUGUUUAAUACAUCUAAGUUAAAAAUAAAGGUCUGAAACUGGUAAUUUAUUUGGCCUCAGAGCUAAAGCUCGAUUCUUACAAUCUUGGUUAAAA